CUUGUAAACAGUAAAGCGAGAACAAUUCGUUCCGGGUAAGGAAAUAAUUCCGGCAAGCGCAAAGAAUCCUGGGAGGCCUUUGGCUCCAAUUCCCCGGCCAAGAUGUCUGACAUGGAGGAUGACUUCAUGUGCGAUGAUGAGGAGGAUUAUGACCUGGAAUACUCAGAAGACAGCAACUCUGAACCCAAUGUGGAUCUGGAAAAUCAGUAUUAUAACUCCAAAGCUUUGAAAGAAGAUGAUCCAAAAGGCGCACUCAGCAGUUUCCAGAAGGUUUUGGAGCUGGAAGGUGAAAAGGGAGAAUGGGGAUUCAAAGCACUAAAACAGAUGAUCAAAAUAAACUUCAAACUGGUCCUCAAAGAAGAAGAAAGAAGACGAGCCGGGCUGCGCGAACAACUGGAUGAGGGUAACUAUCCUGAAAUGAUGAAUCGAUACAAACAACUCUUAACCUACAUCCGCAGUGCUGUCACCAGAAACUACUCGGAGAAGUCUAUCAAUUCCAUCCUGGACUACAUCUCCACUUCAAAACAGAUGGACCUUUUGCAGGAGUUUUAUGAAACAACACUUGAAGCUCUGAAGGAUGCGAAGAAUGAUCGAUUGUGGUUUAAAACCAACACAAAGCUUGGUAAGUUGUACUUGGAGCGUGAAGAGUUUGGGAAAUUACAGAAAAUUCUCCGUCAGCUACACCAGUCGUGUCAGACGGAUGAUGGAGAAGAUGAUCUAAAGAAAGGAACGCAGCUUCUGGAAAUCUACGCUUUGGAAAUUCAAAUGUACACAGCACAGAAAAACAACAAGAAACUGAAAGCACUAUAUGAACAGUCCUUGCACAUCAAAUCUGCCAUCCCUCACCCUCUCAUUAUGGGAGUGAUCAGAGAAUGUGGAGGAAAGAUGCACUUAAGAGAAGGGGAGUUUGAAAAGGCCCACACAGAUUUCUUUGAAGCAUUCAAAAAUUAUGAUGAAUCUGGAAGCCCAAGGAGAACAACAUGUUUGAAAUACCUAGUCCUGGCAAACAUGCUCAUGAAGUCUGGAAUUAACCCCUUUGACUCUCAGGAGGCUAAACCUUACAAAAACGAUCCAGAAAUCCUAGCAAUGACAAAUUUAGUAAGUGCCUAUCAAAAUAAUGACAUCACUGAAUUUGAGAAAAUUCUGAAAACAAAUCACAGCAACAUCAUGGAUGACCCCUUUAUAAGGGAACACAUUGAAGAGCUUUUGAGAAACAUCAGAACACAAGUGCUUAUAAAAUUAAUUAAGCCUUAUACAAGAAUACAUAUUCCUUUUAUUUCGAAGGAGCUUAACAUAGAUGUAGCGGAUGUUGAGAGCUUGCUGGUGCAGUGCAUACUGGAUAACACAAUUCACGGGCGGAUUGAUCAAGUUAACCAACUUCUGGAACUAGACCAUCAAAAGCGCGGCGGAGCACGUUACACUGCUUUAGAUAAAUGGACCAAUCAGUUGAAUUCUCUCAACCAGGCUGUAGUCAGCAAGCUUGCUUAACGGAGAAGCUUUUAUGUAAUAGCAAACCAAGUACUUAAAGGCAACAGUGCAGUCAUGUAACCUUUAAACAGGACUUUGGAUUGGUAAAGAGGAACCACUGUUGGUUGGUGUGUGUGCCCUGAAAACAAACGAAAGGAAGCGCUCUCUGAUCGGCUGGUAUGUGUUUCGCUGCUGCAUUUUACCCAAGAGAAUAAACAGCUUUAACCUCCAGAAGAUAACCAAAAUCUCACAAGACCUGUGCUGUAUUGUCGCCUUGCCCUGUAAAGUGUAACAUUCUAGUAAAGUUUGCCAUAGGCAAAUCAUGUCCUGAGCGAAGGUUUUGUCCCGACUUUUUCGAUCUACACUGACACAUUACAGUUGGUUCAGUAUAAAUGCGUUUACCUGAAAGAAUGAAAGCAAAAGAAAAUAUGUUUAAAAAACUGCAAUAACUUGAAAUGCGUAUCCUUUCAACACGUCCUUUGUAUAUUGACCUGCUGGCUGCAUUUAGCAAGGUUACAUAUAUAUAUAUAUACACACAUUAUUUGUAGACAACACUUAGAAGGUGACACACAGUCACUUAGGUUUCAAGCAGCAAAAUAAACACCUUGGCUCGGAAAA